AUGGCCGUGCGGUCGUCUCAGGUCGUCUCCUGUCGUUUCUCGAGUCUGCACCUGCUGUAUUCUUCCAACGAACAAAGAACAACAAGCGUAGCUGAAGCAUACCCUCGCCCGCCGGAGGCGCCUUGCAUGAGGUCUGAAGGGGCAACCCCUGAGAUAGAGACCCUGAAGGGCUCUCAUUGGCUUGGCGUAGCUCGGGCUCAAUGGAUGUCCCCCGUGCUAGCAAACGACACUCGACAAGCAGAAGCACGAUUUUCGGCGGCUGGAGGUCCAGACGGAUCGGCAGGCGCUCAGCGGGCUCUUUCUGUAAACUGGCCUCCUCCUCCUCCACCAGAGAUCGGUCGGGCAGAUGAUGAGCGGGCGACAGAUGGAAGCCCGGGUGAGGUGGUCGAGGGCGAGGAUCUGGGCGAGGAUGGCGCGGGCGGGGAGACGGGGGAAGGGGCGGGUUUGGAAGCGGAGCAGGUCGUGGAGGGCGCGCAAAAGGAGGGUGAUGAUGGACGGGGACCGAGAGGGGCAAACACUUCCACCGGCGGAGACACUGUGUUAUCCCUGGCCAGAUCCAUGGAUGAGGGCGGGGUGGAUGACAUGGGGGAAGAAGACGGAGGGGUGGGGGGCAGGAAGAGCCUAGAGGGCCAGCUUCGCGUCCUGCCGUCGCCGGAAACGCCGCUCGGCUUGCACAUCCGGCAACACUUCUCCGGCACGCCGUCCAGCGUAAAGCUGUCCGGCUCCACCGGGCCCCGGGUAGGCCCUUUGGAGGUCCUUUAUACCCGGUCACCAGGCACUUGA